UUAAGGUUUUAACUCAGAGUUUGUUGAACCUGCUUUCUGAAACAGACCCCUGUUCAUCUGUUCAUCUGUUCAUCACCUGUUCAUCUGUUCAUCACCUGUUCAUCUGUUCACCUGUUCAGACAGGAGUCUAAUGAAGACAAUUAAUAUUCGUAUUCAGUCUGCAGCUCAGUGAGGGAUUUCGUAGUAUGACAUCACUGUGACAUCACUGUGACUGUUUAUUGUUUGUUCGUAGGAUCUGAUUUACAAACUGACGGCUUCAGUCUGCAGACGUGCCGCAACAUCAUCAGCCUGCUGGACGUAUCCUUCAGUUUCAUUUUUCAGAGACAAAGAGACAGACAGACAGACAGACAGACAGACAGACAGACAGUAUGGUCUUUAACCAGACUCAGAUGGACGGCAGUAGUAAACUGGGUCUUCAGGAGUUUCAUCGUCUGUGGACGAAGAUCCAGAAAUACCUGGAGAUCUUUAAGAGUCACGACUCCGAUGCUUCUGGAACGAUGAGCAGUCAUGAGAUGAGAGCGGCGCUGGCUGAAGCAGGUUUCCAGGUGAACAGCGCUGUGAUUCAGGAGAUCGUCGGCCGUUAUGCUGACACGAGUUACGCCAUCGACUUCGACUGUUUCAUCGGCUGUCUGAUCCGUCUGGAGAUGCUCUUCAAGAUGUUCAGGACUCUGGACAAGAAGAACCAGGGGAAGAUCCAACUGGACCUGCAGCAGUGGCUCUGCCUCGCCAUCAACUGAUGCCCGCCCGCUGCAGUGCAUGCUGGGAGUUCUGUUUGAAAGGUUUUAAAUGAAGUCUGGAUCUGAAUACGUCUUUAACUCUGUGUGGAGCAUUAAAGGAUUUAAGGUGGAAAUUAAAACUGAAUACAAACUGA